AUGGCUACUCAACGGAGGGCAUUCAAGCUCAAGCUACUGCUUGCGAUCGAUACGGCGUUCCUUUUCCUCGAGUUGGGCGUCGGCAUCGUGGUCGGGAGUCUCGCGCUUGUAGCAGACAGCUUCCACAUGCUCAACGAUGUCUGCAGUCUGAUCGUCGCGCUUCAGGCGCUCAAGCUUGCCGAGAACAAGUCGUCGUCCUCGAAACUCUCGUACGGGUGGCAGCGGGCAGAAGUCCUCGGCGCCCUGAUCAACGGCGUGUUCCUCCUCGCGCUGUGCUUCUCGAUCGGCAUGGAAGCGAUCGCUCGCUUCGUCAACUACACCGAGGUCACACAACCGAAGCUCAUCGUCGCCGUCGGAAGUGCCGGCUUGCUGUCCAAUAUCAUCGGUCUCUUCCUCUUCCACGACCACGGUGGACAUUCGCACGGCGGCGGAGGCCACGGACACUCGCACGGUGGAUCGGCGUCGGCGACGAAGGCGUCUCACAACGGUCACAGCCAUGCCAAUGGUCACGCACAUGACGAGCCGAGCGACCGCACCCCGCUUCUCUCGCGCAACGGUCGGGGCGAUUCCUCCGCACCUUCAUCCCGCCCCGCUUCUCCCGCCCACCUUUCCGCAUCGUCCUCGACUGCCAUCGACGAUGCCGACACCGCCUCAGAAGCCGGUCUGUCGGACGUUAGCGCCGAGGAAGAGCUCUUUGUCCACCCGGGCGAGUUGCGGGCGAACGUGCUGAAGAAGGCGCACGAUGCGGGAUACGGUGCGACGACGGGCGUGUCGGGGUCGGCGAGUCAGGCGGCGAGGGAUAUCGAGAGUCAGCUUGGAGGCGAGCAUGCGCACGACGAGGGCGGACACGGCGGUCAUGGAGGACACGGAGGACAUGGCGAGGGGAGCAUGAACAUGAAGGGCGUUUUCUUGCAUGUCCUUGGCGAUGCGCUCGGGAACGUCGGCGUCAUCGCUGCCGGUCUCUUCAUCUGGCUCACAGACUACUGGUGGCGAUCCUACUUCGACCCGGCCGUCUCGCUCGUCAUCACCGUCAUCAUCUUCUCCAGCGCUCUUCCUCUUGUCAAAUCCGCCUCGUUCAUCUUGCUUCAAGGUGUCCCUUCCUCCGUCCCGCUCGAGCGACUACGAUCAAGCAUCGCCGAGUGCCCUGGCGUGCUCAACGUACACGACUUGCACGUCUGGUCGCUCUCCGAGUCGAAGAUUGUCGCCUCAGUUCACAUCAUGGUCCGCGGGCCGGACCUCGUCAACGUCAGUCGCGAAAUCAAGCGUCGCUUCCACCGCUUCGGGAUCCACUCUUCGACCAUCCAACCCGAAAUCGUCGCCUCCCCAUCAGGCGACUCCUCGACCGCCCCGUCCGAUCCCUCACACAUCUCCGCCACCGCCGCAGCCGAAAUCGGGCUCGAGCAAGACGGGUGCCCGAUCGUCUGCGUCGCGCCAAACUGCGCGGACAACUCGUGUUGUCCCCCUCCUCCGAAUGGGGCGACGGCGGUGCAGCCUGCGAUUCCGGGCGUGACGGGGAAGAAGCGGUAG